UCAUAGUGCUCAAAGGACUUAAUAGCCGGUGCCACGAAGACCUUCUUCAUAUUCUUCACGUCUUGAACUUCACCCAUAUUUCCACGCUGUCGUUUUCUUCAGCCCUUCCCAGCAGAGCAGCGCCAAAGCAUCCCGUGAGUGGAAUUUUGGUGGAAAACGAGCGGCUGUCAAAUGAAGAAUGUAUGCAGUCUGGCUCCUCAACUGAAAGGCGGGUCGGUUGGAAUUCUCCAGAAUCUGUCGUUGACACAAUGAGUCGCGGUGUUUUUCAUCCAUUCAUCAAAUGAGACGGGCUCCUUCGCACAAAGCAGCAGAGCCGCUUUCCUUGGAUUUCACAGGGGAAAGUGCUCUUCAACGUGGACAUUCCCAUUCUUUGGGAUUUGUGGAAUUUGAGGGUGUUUCCUUUUGGGUUCUUGUGAGGAAAACUGUUGUAAGUCGCGUUUUACUCCUUUUUCAUAGUCCUGGUGCCUUGUUGCGGUUUCUCUGCAGCGAGGAACCACUCUCCAAGACUCCAACCACGCUCUGCACCGUUUUGUGCUUACUCCGCAUGCGCCAAAGACGCCUUCAGGAACAGUCUGAAAAAUUAGCGGUUUCUCCCUGUGUGCAAGAACAAACCGAUUACCGAGCUACAGCGUGGAUCUAGCUGGUUGCACAGGCGUGAAUUGGUACUCCAGUGGCAUGGCAUUAUGAGCUUCUUCAUGAUUUAUGACACGAUGGGUCUCUGGGAAAAUAUUUCCAUGUUUGGGCCCACUUCACGCCUACAUUUUGGCAAUUGUGGCCGCACCCACUCGGGCCAGGCAUGCACAGCACACUUUUAUGCACGUAGUCAUGCACGUGCACACGCGAAAUGUAGCAGAGACAUAGAAUGACUGAAAACACCAUCCAUGCAUGCAUCCAUCCACCUUCUUCCACGGGGGCAGCAGCCCCAGACGAGAAGACCAUACUUCCCUCUCCCCGGCUGCUUUACCCAGUUCCUCCCGGUGGACCCCGAGGCAUUCCAGUUGAGAGACAUAGUCUCUCCAACAUGUCCUGGGUCUUCCCCGAGGUCUCCUAAGUUUUAGCCCCAGUGAGAAAGCUUGUUUAUAUUACUAGCCCGUAAAAUGUUUAUGCCAAGAGCCCUUAAAGUGAAGCGCCCAGCAGCAGACUCAAACCUAACUUUGAAGAAGAGGAAAGGUCAGGUGGACGAAGAUCAGGAGAAUGGUGAAGGAGCUUCUAAGACACAUGCUGAUCAGGAGUCCAGAGACACUAUCGUUGAAGACGGCACAGUAAAAGCAAGUACAGACCCCAUUGCUUUCGAUGAAAACCCGUUACAGGAGGAAGAAGUGGAAGAUUCUUCCUCAAGUGGUGAUGAAGAAGAGGAGGAACCAGUCAAAUCUUUCAAGAAGAAUCAGAGAUGGCCACAGCCAGGAGAACCUGUCUGUGUGAUGUGUGGUCGCUAUGGCGAGUAUAUCUGUGACAGCACUGACAAUGAUGUUUGCAGUCUGGAAUGCAAAGCCCGUCACUUGGCCCAAAUGGGCUUGGGAACCGGGGCGGAAGUCUUUAACCAAAAGGACACGAAUGGAGACAAACGGACUCUUCAGGCCCAACCUGCUUCAGCUUCUGUAAAUACAUUUGAAUUGAACUAUUCCUACAAGGAGGAUCCAUUCAUAUCAAGUCUAACUGAUGAGCAGGUGCAGAGGAUUAAAAAGGAACUGGGCAUUGAAACCCAAGGAAGGGAUGUAAGGAGGCCCAUUGUAGAGUUUGAACACUGUGGCUUUCCGCUUACUCUUAAUAGCAACUUGAAGAAGGCCAGCUACGAGGCGCCCACACCAGUACAGAUGCAGAUGCUGCCUGUUGGUCUGAGUGGCAGGGAUGUGAUCGCCAGUGCUGACACAGGCUCAGGGAAAACAAUAGCCUUCCUGCUGCCAGUUAUACUAAGGGCACUGAAGGAACAAACACAGAGUGCGCGCAGCCCUGUGGCUCUCAUCCUGACCCCCACCAGGGAGCUGGCCAUUCAGAUAGAGAGACAGGCCAAGGAAGUGGUGAUUGGCCUCCCUAACAUGAGAACCGCCCUGCUGGUGGGCGGCAUGCCCCUUCCGCCACAACUUCACCGCCUCAAGAGCAGCAUCAAAGUUGUCAUAGCAACACCAGGGCGACUCCUUGAGAUUUCCAAGCAGAAGGCUGUGCAGUUGGAUAAAGUGAAGAUUGUUGUGGUUGAUGAGGUUGACACUAUGCUAAAGAUGGGCUUCCAGCAGCAAGUACUAGAAGUUUUAGACCAUGUCCCAGAACACCACCAGACCCUACUGGCGUCGGCCACCAUCCCAACAGGGACAGAGGAGCUGGCAUCCCGGUUGGUGCGCGACCCAGUCCGUAUUGCUGUAGGAGAGAAGAACCAGCCCUGUGCCAACGUCAGACAGAUCCUGCUGUGGGUGGAGGAGCCCUCCAAAAAGAAGAAGCUGUUCGAGAUUCUCCACGACAACAAGUUAUACCAUCCCCCGGUGGUGGUGUUUGUCGACUGUAAACUCGGUGCUGAUCUGCUGUGUGAAGCUGUCGCCAAGGUGACGGGCCUCAAUACAGUGGCAAUCCACUCUGACAAGAGCCAACUGGAACGCAAUGGCAUCCUCAAGGGUCUUCUGGAUGGUGUCUUUGAGGUGGUGAUCAGUACAGGUGUGCUUGGUAGAGGACUGGACUUGGCAAACGUUCGACUGGUGGUUAAUUUUGAUAUGCCAAACACCAUGGAUGAGUACGUCCACCAGGUGGGAAGAGCAGGUCGUCUCGGUCACAGGGGAACAGCCAUCACCUUUCUCAACAACAACAACAAACGUCUGUUCCUGGGGGUGGUCAACAGGGUCAAACCAACAGGAACCAUCCUGCCUCCUCAGCUCCUCAACUCACCUCACCUCUUCGAGCAGCAGAGGAGAGAAAAGCAACAGGCGAAGCUGGGGCCUGGCGACACGCUGGUGACCAAGAAUAACCUCAUCGACAUUAUCAAGCAACAUGACAGGCGUAAGAAGUAGUUUGGACAGUGAUGCUGAUGAUAAUGGCUUCUUUCCGAUGCGUAAAAUGUCAUUGAAAUGUAUGUACUGUAUACGGUACUGUGUCUGAAUCACAAUUCAGAAGACUGGAAGAAGGUGUUUUGGACAGAUGAGUCCUAGUUUGAGCUCUUUUCCUGAGAUUUGGGUAUUUUCUGUCAAUUCUGCCAUGAAGUCGCUACUUCUUUUACGGUUUAGUGCUGAUUAACUUGGAUUAGCAGCCAUACUGGCUUUCUAUACCGCUUAUCCCAGCUGACCACGUGAGAGGUAGUGUACACCCUGGACUGUUUGCCCGUUAAUCACAGGACACAUAUAGACAAACAACCAUUCGCACGCACAUUCAUGGACAAUUUUGAGCCUCCAGUUAGCUCUAACAUGCAAGUUUUUGGGAUGUGGGAAGAAGCCGGAGUACCCGAAGAAAACAGAUGGGGAGAACAUGUACACUUCACACAGAGAUGCCAGACGGAGAGUUCAGCCCUCAAUCUCCUGACUCUGAGGCCGCCAUGCCAACCACUGGGCCACCGUGAAUCAUCUGAUUGAGUAAUGUUGGUAAAACUGAUAAAACUGUUCAGUUUCUUUGAAAAACAAAGACAUUUUUAAGUGAUCCCAAACUUUUGAGCAGUAAGCUGUAGUUUUCCUGGUAAGUGUUUGGUUUCCUUCAAAAUGUAUGUAGAAGCAUUUGGGUCUUACAAUGCAGUUAAUAAGUUUCAGAUAUUGACUUUAUUCAGACUCCUACAUAUUCAAAAAAUCAUAUUAUUUGACUUGUAUGUAGUUGUUUGUUAAAGUCUACCUUAUAUAUUUGAUCAGCUCUUGCAUCAUUUUGUCAAAAGUUUACCACGCCCAUACAGUAUGUCUGUAUAGGUUGGUAGUACGGUGCUGCCGCCUAGUGCCAGAUUCUAGACAUAAAGUAAAAUGACGAAAUGAAGCCAGCCAAUCAGCUGCCGUUCUCUGUUGGGAUUUGAAAU